AUGGCGACGCGCGCGCACGCACCCGCGUGGCGCGCCGCGAUCAAGCAGGCGCUGAAGAAGAAUGGGAAAAAUCCAACGUCCAAGUACGCGCAGCUCGCGACGGUGGACGCGCGAGACGGCGCGCCGAGCGUGCGAACGGUGGUUUUUAGAGGUUUUCUGGAUGGUUUCUUCGACGACGACGACGCGAACGCGUCGAGCGACGGCGACGGCGACGCGCUCGUGUUCUGCACCGAUUCGAGGAGCGAGAAGGUGCGGGACGUCGUGGGCGACGCGAGGGCGGAGAUGGCGUGGUACUUUCCAGAGACGAGGGAGCAGUUUCGAGUGCGAGGGACGCUGACGGUUUCGACGGCGACGACGACCGGGGACGAGCGAGAAGCCAGGGCGAGAGGUAAUCUGUGGAGAAAGAUGCGAAGGGGGGCGCGAGGGCAGUUCCUGUGGCCCACUCCGGGCGGGGCGCGAUCGGACGUGAGUGAUGGGGAAGCGGAUCCGCACGCGGUGGAGGAGAGCGACGCGCGGUUGGACGACGAAGUCGUGGGGGAAAAUUUUGCCCUCGUCGCGCUUCGAGCGAAGCGCAUCGAUCAUCUCAGCCUGAAGCGAAACGAGCGAGUGGUGCACGAGGAGGUGGACGGUGAGUGGGUGUCGACGCGCGUGAACCCUUGA